UAGAACAAAUGCUUUUUUUGUUUAACUUUGAAAAAAAAUAUGAUAAAAUAGAAAUCUAUGAACAGUUAAUUUUGAUGUCUGAAUACUUAUUGUGCAGAAAUGAAGACAGAGGUGAAAAGCAUCAUCGACGAUGGAACAUUUUAAGACAUCCAAUGGUGCUAAAUUAUAUCAAUGAAAAAUUGCUAGAACGAGCAUCAUUUUAUAUUAUUCAUAUAUGCGCCUAUUUUAUCUUUCUUCUACUAUUGUCCAGUUAUAUAUUUGGAAAAACAGAUUUUCAAGAUAUUUUUGCAACACUUUUUCUUAUUGUCUUUGGAUUUGGUUUAGUUAUUAAAUGUGCUGUUAAACUACAGAAAGGUGACGUAACUAGAUGGUUUGUUCUAUCAUAUUCCUUCAACCUAAUAACAUAUAUCUGUACAUUUUUGUUCGUAUGGACACCAACACUGUUCGCUUAUGACAACUAUCAUCAAGAAUUAAAGCAAUUAUUUCUGCUUGGAAAAUCUCCAUCUGGAAUUUAUAUCUUAAUGAUGGCAAGAAUUUUAUAUUCAUUUUCACAGAUUGCUAUUAUUUGGAUACCAACAUUACUUGCAUUUGCUUUUGCAUUCCAUUUGGUUAUGCGAAACAGUGGUACAGAACCUUGGGAAGCUACCGAAGCGUUUACAUCUGCAAACGCAACAUUUGGUGAAAAACUUCUUGCCAUCUUUCAAGCGGUUACAAAAACCUCUACAAUGAUGAUAGGUGAGGUAGAUGCCGAUACAGUUCUGGGGCGGAAACAGUGGAUUCCGAAUGUGUUACUUAUUGCUUUUGAAGUGAUAACAGUCAUUCUCCUGAUGAAUUUGAUGGUAUCGUUAGCAGUUGGUGAUGUAAGUGAGCUCCGAAAUUCUGCUCAAGACAAACUUCUAGAAAUCAAGGUCAGUUUUGUGGUUGAAUCACUGCAACUGUCAGAAGCUACAGAUUGCUUUGGAGAUAGUCGAUUUAGCAAAUUACACGUCAAACGAACCAACAAUGUGUUGGUGGUGGAAGACGAUGGGAAUUCGUUUACGACAAUGAGAAGGAUCGAUUUUGACGAAAAAGGUGAAGAAGCUUCUGAAGUUUCUAAAAAUGUUUUACUAAGCGAAAACAGGAGAGAAAUGCCGGUUGUCGGAAUAAAACCAGGCUUUAAUGUUCUCAGAGAAUGCGUACAUGGAACCGGGAAUAGGCACAUCUUGGAUGCAAAUGAAGCACAAAUAAAUCAACCAAAUAUAUGCAGUCAAAUAGCUUCAAAGACUUAUUACAUUCAUUUUCCAACGGAACCCCGUGGGAUGCGAUUGGAAAAAAAAAGUAUAGUUGGACGUACUGUACAAAUGGUAAUGGACGGAGCUGUUCUGCACCUUAUUGAGGGACCUGAUUCUGGUAUAAAAUCAUUCAUAGGCAAAGUCAACGGUGAAUCUGAUGUUAAAGAUUUUGUUGACGAAGAAGGAUGGAAGAAGAAAUUUUCACGUUGGCUAAUUGGUUUAGACUGGUCCUGCCUUUAUGACGUCCCGUAAAU